AUGCUGUGUAAUGAUGAAGCGCCUCGGCUGCCUCCCAAAGUUACUCAACAUGGUCAUCCAACGGCACAAACACCAGCGCGACCAAGUCAGGUUGAACAGCGACUUAUCCGUACCGUUCCCCGUCGUCAACGGCCAUCUUUUUUCAGCAUGAUGACUAAACAGGCCACAGAAGACCUUGAAGAGGACGAUGCUGUGUACGUCUGCUACCGCCUUGACGGUAGUCUGUUUAACAGUCUGUUUAAAUUCAGGAGACUGCAGGCCCACACAAAGACACUUGAGCAGCUUUUCUGUGACCUCCUCUUCGCCGACGACACUGUCCUCGACGCCUGCACAGAAAGAGCCCUGCACCGUUUAACAUCCCGCUUUGCAGAGGCUGCCCGGCUCUUCGGACUCGAGAUGAGCCUGAAGAAGACGCAGGUCCUCCACCACCUCAGGAAGAGUACCGCCCUCCCCACAUCAGCAUCGGCGAGGCUGAGCUGA